AUGCAGACGCGCUGCUUCAGGCCCACGCAGAACAAAAUUAUUGUCCUCAACGGGCCGUCAGGAAGCGGAAAAUCAACCCUCUUUAGGGCCAUCACGACAAUGGAUCGAUACAAGGACUAUUUUGGAUUCUCCGUUUCACAUACUACUAGGGCGCCCAGGCCAGGAGAGCGCGAUGGCAUCGACUAUUAUUUUGUCUCUCAUGAGCAAUUUCAGAGCCUGAGGGAACAGGGUGGCUUCUUGGAGACCGUCGAGAAUUUUGGAAAUUUCUAUGGAACGUCGUUUGCUGCCAUCAACGAUGUUCUGAAGAGACAGCAUUGCAUCCUCGACAUUGACUACCGGGGUGCAAUGACACUAAACGCCGUUCUUGAGCAGGAAAGGAACGUGAAAGCUCUCUUUGUUUUCAUCAGCCCACCAUCUGUUGAGCUCCUGGAGCAGAGGCUUCGCGGCCGCCAGACUGAGAGUGAAGAGCAGAUCAAAAAGCGUCUUGAUACCGCCCUGCGCGAGCUAGACUUCUUUAAUGCUAACAGAAGCUUUUAUGACGUCCACAUAAUCAAUGACAAUCUCGAGGAAGCCAUCCAGACCCUCGACCUCUCGGUGCGGAGAUUCCUCUCGGGGUGA